AUGCAUCGACUUUUUGCUGAGCUGGAGCCAUCUGUAACCGUCACCGAGCAAAACCUGGCAGACCGAGUUCGGUAUAUCUUGCGCUCAAAUACAUUUGAUGUCACCGAACUCGAACGGCUACGACGUGAGGCUGUUCCUUCAUCGGGUGAAAAUGCUGCGGCUGAGGAUGCGGCGCCACAACUUGCUGAGCAAACGGCAAAUCUGGAUGCCGCCGUGAAUACGCCAGUUGUGGUUGAUUCAAACGAUGAUGGAACAGUCGCCCAGGAACUGGAACUAGAGCAAAUGAGGAGUACAUUGGAAGAGGCGAUUGUGGAAACGCGCAGUACGACUCUCGAAAAACGACCGCGACUUCCCCGCUUAGCCCUAAGCAAGCGGAAUCGGGCUGUCGUGAGGGCUCUGAACCCAAUGCUGGUUACCUAUUUGGAAGCCAGCCGGGACCUUUGCGAUACGGACUCAAUUCUUUUUGGCGCCGCACUGGCAGUCUGCCGUAUUAUAGGUGCCAAACUUUCCACGGCUGGACGUGCUACUGGACAAAGUAGUGCUAUCCCAGCCUGGAGAAUAAGAAUUGAAGAACGUAUCGCAAAGGCUAGGGCCCUCAUCGGCAGACUGAUAUGCUUCAGGUCAGGCAAUACCAGGCCAAGGAUUGUGCGCACCGUCAGGAUGGCGUUUGCUGGGACAAAUGUUAGUUUGUCCCAGCCGGAUAUAAUGCAAAAACUGACGGAGCGCAUAGACGACCUGAAGCAAAGAAUAGCUGCUUGGGGAAAGCGGAUUCGGCGAUAUACCGAGAGGUCGACACGGUUCAACCAGAAUCGUCUCUUCCAGAGUGAUCAGAAGAGGCUCUAUAAAUCAUUGCAGCGACCAAUAGUAAGUGGAACGGGCCCUGCACCAAAUCAGGCCGACACGGUCGCAUUCUGGCGCAGCCUGUGGUCAGAGCCCGUAAACCACAACGAGGGCCCUUGGACGGAAGUUGUGGCGAGUCAGUGUGCGAGUAUUACGCCCAUGGACCCCGUCAUCAUAACGCCGGAUGACGUAGCUGAGGCGGUCCGUAGGGCCCCGAACUGGAAAAGUCCGGGGCUUGACGGGCUGCAUCACUACUGGCUGAAGGGGUUCAUGGUGUGUCACUCUGUGCUCGCCCGACAGUUUCAAGAGGCUCUCAACCAGAAGUCGCUCCCAAGCCUCUUCACUACUGGGAUCACUCAUUUGGUUCCUAAAGAUCAGGGUGCCACAGACCCGAGCAAAUACCGCCCCAUCACGUGUCUACCGACCAUAUACAAAAAAAAAAAAAAUAAAAAUUAG